AUGAAGUCAAACAUUGCAACCUUCCUCACGGCCUUGUUCACAGGACUGUACUGUACCGCUUCGGCCACAGGUGCUCCAGCAGGCACCGCCGCAGGAGGCUUUAGCUGGGACACGAUUCCAGCGACCGGUCAACUCCAAUACCACGAAUGCUACGGCUCCUUCCAGUGCUCUAGGCUCGAGGUGCCUCUCGACUGGUCAAACCAAUCCAAUCCCAACAAUGUGACGCUCGCAAUCGUCAAGCUCCCGGCAGUGGUCGACGUUACAGAUGAGUCGUUCGGAGGCACUAUUGUCAUCAACCCAGGUGGCCCCAGCGGCUCAGGGGUAGGAAUUGUCCUUCAAUCUGGAAGAGGCGUCCAAAGGAUCGUGGACAGCGACAAGCAUUUUGAGAUCCUUUCUUUUGACCCUCGAGGAGUGGCCUUUUCGACCCCUAGCCUGGCCUGCUUCCAGGACAAUGCCGCAAGAAAUCUGUUAGCAGUGCUCGGCGUGGGCGCCGGUAGUCUCGAGAAUAGCCACUACGCCAUGGACGUCAAAUGGGGCAUCGAUCAAGGCCUAGGUCGCCUGUGUGACUCUGCCAGCAAUGGCAUCUAUCCUGACGGCUCCGACAUCCGCCAAUAUGUGAGUACCGCUCUAGUUGCCCGGGACAUGGUCGAAAUCGUGGAUCAAGUCGACGCGCACCUUCGUAAAGAGGUGCAUUCGCGCAGGCAAUCAUUGCGUAGUCAUCAGGCAAUCAUGGCCCCGGUGUCGGACCCUCCCGCGCUUCUCAACUAUUGGGGACUCUCCUACGGCUCAUACUUGGGCAAUACCUUCGCCAGCAUGUUUCCCGAGCGAGUUGGCCGCAUGGUGCUGGAUGGAGUUGUCGACGCGGAUGACUAUACGGCCACUGGAUGGACCACGAACCUGCAGGACAACAACAAAACGUGGGCCAAGUUCUUCGAGUUCUGUUUCGAAGCUGGACCCAAAUGCGCCCUCUUCGAUCCAUCAGCGACCGGACCGCAAGACAUUCGAGACCAGGUCGACAGCUUCCUUGCAGAGCUCAAGGACAAUCCUUUACCACUGGUCUACAAUGGAAAUGCCGUCCUUCUCACCUAUUUUGAGAUGAAAGCCAAUAUCCACCUAUGCUUGUACCUCCCCAACCAGCUCUGGCCAUUGCUGGCGGUCUCGCUAAAGUCUCUUAUGGACGGCAACCUCUUGUCACUCGUCUCCCUCCAGGAAACAGCAGAACAAUGGCGCAAGGCGACUUCCAACCGCUUCUCACCGGCUUUGCCGUUCCAGCUGUCCCAGUAUCAGCCACAGAGCACGUACGGCGAGACUGGUGACGAUUUGCCCGCCGGGUACCCAUGGCAGUUGGAAGCCGGGGUCUCCAUUCUCUGCGGCGACGGCGACGACAUCACUUCCACGACAAAGGCCGAAUAUGAGGAGUAUCUGUCUCUCCUGCAAUCCCAGUCUCCGCUGGUCGGAUCCAUCUGGGCCGAGAUCAUUUUGCACUGCAUUCACUGGCCAGCAGCGGUUCGGCCUGCGCCCGAGAAUCGAUUCACUGGACCAUUCCAAUCGAAUCUCUCCGACUACGACCCUCGAGGGAGCCCUUUGCUCUUCAUCGGGAACACUGCUGACCCGGUAACACCAUUGCGGAAUGCACUGAAGAUGUCUGAACGCCACGAAGGGAGUGUAGUGGUCACGCAGGACGUGCCGGGUCACUGCGCUGGGGAUGUCAACCCAAGCGUCUGCACGUUUGAGAUUUUGAAAACCUUCUUCAGAGACGGAAUACUUCCUAAACCGGGCCUGGUGUGCGCAGGUUCUCGCAGACCGUGGGAUGAUUGA